ACUGCACGUCUUCUCAGCUCCCACCGAAAGAAAAUAUUCUCACAUUCCGCUCCUCAUCUUCUUCUCUGUUUCCGAGCGCUCUUUGAAAACCAAUUACUAAUGGCUUCGGAUGUGACCAUGAUGGCCGCCCCAGAUUUCGUCAAAGAUGAUGAUGAUGAUUACGGCGGCGUCCUUCGUUUCAUGCCGGACGGCGGCGACGACGACGACAUCGGGUAUAGGCGGAUCUCCCGCCUCUCGAUAGAGAGCUCGGACGGCAAUGACGCGGACGCCGAGGUAUCGGAGGACGAGAAGGUGGUGAUGAGGACGAGCAUGCUGGCGUCGCUGAUGGAAGAGGAGGGGGAGGACUCCGACAAGGACUGGGCGUCGCUGCCGGGGACGCCUCGCCGGGGAAGGCCGGGGCGGGCGGAGAAGGAGUACGCGAGCGAGACGGAGGCGCGGGGUCGGCGGGGUGGGUGUGGUGGCGGGGGGAGGAGGCGGAGGAGGGCGAGGGAGCGGUGGCUGGACCGGUCGUGGGAGAUGAAGAAGAGGAUGGCGGGGGAGGGGGCGGCGGCGGAGGCGGAGGGGAUGGAGGUCGGGGAGUGCAGGGUUUGGGUGCGGCCGAGAGGUGGGGUGGGGACGUUGUGUAUGGACAUGGAAGAGGUGAAGGCGUGCCGGGAUCUGGGGCUGGAGCUGCCCAGUGAUUGGACGGUCGAGAUCCCGUGCGCCCUCUCCGGAUCGGCGCUGGAUACCAGCAGCGGCGGCAAUUCCCCCAUAGCUAACUGGAGGAUCUCCAGCCCAGGACUGCUACUAUUACCACCAGUCGUGUUCUCUGUUGCAAGAAUUUGAUGGACGGUGAUGGAGUGAGGUGCUGUCGAAUUACUGUGGACCGCAGAUUGGGUCGUUAGGGGAUUAACUGUGUACGGCAGAGUGGAUCGGACAUGGAAAGACGGGAAGGGCGUUUAGGGAACCCAAUGAUUUCUUGCAUAUGAUUGCACGAGCUAAAGUAGAUCAUGCUUCAACACUAAGAUUUGAUGGGGCCUGACCACGAUGAUGAGGAUGACAAGUGGCAGCGAUCACGGGAUUGUGAUAUUUGGCGAUGAUGGUAUGGAUAGUCUGCGAGGAUGGAUUGUUGCAAACCAGAGCUAGAGUGACGACAUAACCAUAUAUUAUACCGCUUUAAAGCGCACUUAAAAUUUCGCUGGAACUCUGCAAAGUUGGGAGUUUGUGUAGCAUGGCACUUAUUGAAACAAAAAUUAGCAUAGGGAUAAAAAUGAUGAUGCGUAAGAAAUAUAUAGUUUAAUCAAAUUUUGGAGGUGUAAUCUUGCAUUGCUAAAUGUGGCAUUGCUAUGUUUUCUUCUUUGAAGCAGGCGAUGACCCGAGGGAUGUGAAGGCUAGGCUCAAGGUUUGGGCUCAAGCGGUGGCACUCGCAUCUGCUUCUCGUCUCAGCAGCUGACUCACUCCUACAAACUGGAUUCAUAUAUAUGUUUUCAGUGUUUUGAUGCACUCGGUUUUGAGCAUUGGAUUGCAGAUCCGAUCUUUCUGGCUUUCUUAUGUAAAUUCCUUUCUUAGCUUCAGCAUUCCGUGUGGGUUUCCCUUCUUCUUCUUCUUCUGUAGAUAAUGUGGUGGACUAUUCGAUGAAACUAGGAAUAGAUAGGGGGGGAGGAGAGAGAGAGAGUAUAGAUUAUAGCAGGGUGAUUUGGUGAUUUUCCACAUAGCUCACUGACAAGGCUCCAACCCAAGUAGUUGCUACGUUCGGCCAUUCAAGCAACACGGGAUUUCAAGCUGUGGAAGGAGUGGCAUCCUGGGAGGUGUAUGACGAGAUAGAGGCUCUUGAAACUAAUUCUGCACUGACACUAGCGAUGAGAUAUUUUGACCUCGCGCCCAGGACAGAUCAAGUACCUUUGUAUCAGCCUUUCGACUCAUAUGUAAUUGAUAAAAAAAAGAUUUUUCAGGAUACCGCUCUGGUGCUCAGUCUAUUGCCUAUUCAUUUGCACACAUGAUUGCCAUCAAUGCGAAAGUAGUACCAUAUAAUGGCAGAAAUCUCGUGAAAAAGAUACAGUGGCUGUUUAACUUUUUGAUUGGUCAAUUCACUGCUCUGUACUUGUCUAGCCUUUUGAUUGGUCAAUCAACUGAUGUAUCGUAUAUGUUUUUUUUUUUUUGAUGAAAACUGAUGUAUUGUUUGUUGUCGAGUACCAACAAGCAGCCUUUUGAUGGGUCAAUUAGCUGACGAAUUGCAUCAAGAAACAUUUACCAAACAAGAUGAAGUUUUCAAUGACACAUCUCCAUGUCCAUUUGAGAACGGCGCAGAAGCAUUGAACCAGCUGUGAAGGUUCUUCAUGUAUAAUAAACACCAUUGUUAGCUGUUACUUUAUAUGUGUCUCUAAGUUUCUUGAGCAUGUGGUUUUCUA